AUGGAGCUAUCUAUUAUAAUACCAACCCACAACGAAAGAGGGAGUGCGCCCCUUCUGGUGUAUCUUAUUUCAGAGGUUCUUUUGGGCACAGAGUACGAGAUCAUAGUGGUUGACGACGGAAGCACCGACGGGACAGCGGACGCGUGCAGGGAGAUCGUAAGGGCAAGGGGCGUGCAGGCACAGAUCCUGGUUCGGGCGGAGAAGCACGGGCUGGGAAACGCAUACAAAAGAGGCGCAGAGCACGCGCAAGGGAAAUACGUUCUUAUUCUGGAUGCAGACCUCAGCCACGACCCCCGAGAAAUACCCAGGUUUAUGCAGAAAGCAAAGGAGACGGGGGCAGACGUCGUGAUUGGGUCGCGGUACACAGGAGAGGGCGGAACAUGCAACUGGCCCUUUUUCAGGAAGCUGACAAGCCAAGGGGCAAACAUUCUGGCGCACAUUUUCACGGGAAAGGCCAGCACAGACAUGACAAACAGCUACCGGCUGUACAAAAGGGACGUGCUGGCCUGUGCCAUAAACAGCGUAAAGGCGCAGGGCUUUGCAUACCAGAUGGAGGUGCUGCACCACUGCGGCAAGAGGGUGCAGGAAAUCCCCAUCAAGUUCUACGAACGGCAGGCUGGGUGCUCGAAGCUCUCUGCGCGAGAGUAUGCACAGUUCCUUGUGUGGGGCAGCGCGCUUAUGGCAAGCCGGUGCAUCAAGCAGGCCUGCCUUUUUUUGCACGUCGACUAG